AUGAAGAUGAGUUCAACCCUCAAUUAUGCACAUCAACGCCCAAGAGAGCAAGAACAGCAUUGUUUAAUAAUUCCCCUCAUUGCUGUACAGAAAUUCCAGGUAAACAGUGCCAGUGGACAGUGGUCAAAGACAUGGCAUAAUUUUAAUUCAUUUUACUGCAACAAACAUCAGUUGUAUGUGAUAAAGAAUUAAUCUAGUCUCCAUUGCUUGGAAUACUGUGGCCCAUUCAUGCUCUGAGAAACGUCAUACCACUUGUAUGUACAUGGCAAAAACAUAUAACAUCUAAAUGAGUUUUACCUUGAUGAUCCAGUUUGACUAACUCACUGGCAUUCAUUGCGGGUGAGGAUUUGGGUUAAUGUUAGGGUGAUAUCCAAACCAGGUUGACAUCACCUGCAACAAAUGCCUGUGAGUUAGUCAAAUCGCCUGUGAGUUAGUCAGUCAAAUUGCCUGUGAGUUAGUUAAAUCAAAACAUUGGUAAUCAUGGUAAAUUACAAAUUAAUAACAGGAAAUUAGUGAUUAUACAGUAUCUCAGGGCAUUUGUGGAACCCCCCCCCCCCCGAAGAGCAUUGAGCUCUUUCGACCCACAUACUUCCAUGAGCUUUCAGGGACUGUUAAUCAUUAAUUCUCCUCAUGUAAUGGUAUUGCUUGAUUUGCUUCUUAAAUGUACUACUUGUCAUCCCUUUAGCCCAAACAACACCUGAUAAAACAGUAACAACUGAAGAAAUCCAUGAAAACAUAAACAUAUCAAGACAACGUGAUGUUCAAUCUUCUUCUGAACAAGUUUUUCUAGACACAGUUGUCAAGGAAAAUAGCCUUUCAGAGUCAGGAUACUUAUUGCUAGACUCUGACAGUGAGACUGCCUCUGAUAGCGACGAUGAUGUUUUCUAUACCAGUAGAGCAGUAGCAGUGAAUAUGAAGAAGACCCAAACCCUGUCAUGGAUCAGUUUGAUAUUUCCUAUGAUGAUGACCUUUUUGUUCAUGAAUCUGAAACAUCUGACUCACAAUGUAACCAUGAUGAAACUUGUGUUGAGCCUAUUGACAUGGAUAUUACAUCAGAACUGGAACUUGGAACAAUUGAACUGGAUGUUGCUGUCAAUAACCAUACAAGACUAAUUCCCGAAAAUUAUUACAAGGAUAUGGAAAAAGAUUUGGAUAAUGAAAUGAAGUUUGUUACUGAAAAAAGAUUCAUAUGUGAUGUCUCUAAAAUAAAGAAACUUUUCACAUCUUGUAUGGCUAAAGAGUGUCAUGCUCCAAUUGAGCAUGUUAACGAGAGUUUUGUGGGAUGUGCUUUGAAGAUUCAGUGGCAGUGCAUAGAUGGUCAUUGUGGAGACUGGCAUUCAAGUGGAAUUUAA